UAGUGCCUACACUGCUUCUGUAAAACAUAUUGUUGAGACGAAUCUGUGGACAUGACAUGUUUUUAGAAAACAUGUCCCUCGUCAGGCAUAACAAUGCAGUGAUUCACCAAAAGUCUACGCCAACCCCACAGACAAAGAAGACAAAGACUUCCCAAAUUAGCCCAAGCGCCCACGCAUGCCCUCCUUCCUCUCUGAACCCAACCCCCAUCACCACCAAACCCACACUCAAGGCCAAACCCAAAAGCGCAUAUCCGGCCACGACGCGUUCCCCCUCGGCACCUCAGACCCCGCUCUCCCACCAACAUACGCCUCGUUCCGGCACCCCCGCGGCGCGCGCAUACCCCGCUCCCACGCCGCAAAGCAGGUAGCGCAACACCCGUGCCGGCACGACCAGCACGCCGCGCGGCUCCAGGUGUUGGUCCACACGCCGCAGCGAUGGCACGUCCAG